AUGAUACCAAGCCACGUGGCAUUUGUAGCAAACAUUGCGAAUUUGCUUGGUCAUAGAGGUCACAAAGUGAUAGUUAUAGAUAAUGUACUCAGAAAUGAGAUUUCAAAUAAAUUUGACUUGAAUGCAGUUGAGAAGGUUAUCGAAGUUAAAACGGCAGAAAAUGUCGUCAAAUUGCUCACGAAUCAGAAUAUUCCACUGAAAUUUUGGAAUAUGAGAAACGAGCCAAAUGAGCAGAAAGAGGUGAUGAAGAAUCUUGGAGAGCUUUUUCUGGAGCAGUGUAAAUAUUUGAUGGGGGGAAAGGAGAUAUUCGAAGAGUUGAAAAAUUAUGAAUUCGAUUUUGGAAUUCAUGAAGUGUUCGAUGUGUGUGGAAUUGGAAUAUUCGAGAAAUUAGGAAUAAGAAAAUCAGUGAUUCUGUCUUCAACUGGAAUGAGAGACAUUGUUAAUGAAGCACUUGGAAUUUCAGGUCCACUUCAAGAUUCUUCCAUUCUAUCGGAUUACGGUAGCCAUGUUCCAUUUUUUGGUUUACGGAGAAAUCUUCAAUUUCACUCUGCAUGGAGGAACUUUUUCGAAAUUCAGAGUAAGCAAUUGGAGUCUUCUUUCCACCUCAAUACGAGUUAUGAGAAUCUUCUACGGUACAGUAACCUGAUGUUUUUGAACACCCACGAACUUACGGACUGCCAGAGACAGUGGAAUCGAAAAAUACAUGAAAUUGGAGGAAUCUCAUUCAAAACUCCCAGUUCUCUUGAUAAGAAUUAUAUUAGCCUGUUUGCCAAGUACACCAACGUAAUCCUUGUUUCGUUUGGGACUACGACACCUUCUUUUUUGAUGCCUGAAAAGUACAAGACUACAUUUAUGAAAGUGUUCAAGAAGUUUCCAAACACUUUAUUCAUUUGGAAAUAUGAGAAAGAGGAUGCAUUUACAAACAAGAACUCAAAUGAAAAUGUGAUCUUUGAGAAAUAUGUCCCGCAAGUUGAUAUGUUAGAAUCUGGAAAAAUCUCACUUUUCAUUACACACGGAGGUCAGAAUAGUCUUCUUGAAGCCUUUCAUUCGAACACCCGCACUCUCAUAAUCCCAUUAUUUGGUGACCAACAUAGAAACGCUCGAAUCUCUUUGGAGAAUGGGUUGAGUCAUGUACUGAAAAAAGAAGAUCUGUCGAACCAGGAAGUAGUCGAGGAAGCAAUAAAACAAGGGUUGGAUGGGGACAAAAAGUUGUCGGACGGUUUACAACGAGUUUCUAUCAACUUGAAAAAUGCAAAACAAAGUGUCGAGAUGUUGUCGGUUUUCAUGUGUCUCAGUAUAUUAUGCCUUCACGGUUCGGCCCUUGAUAUUCUGGUUUAUGCUCCGAGAAUGAUGCAGAGUCAUGUGUAUUUCACGGCAAGGAUUGCUAAUGUACUCGCUGCGAAAGGGCAUAAAGUGACUGUAAUUGAUAACAUCUUCCGAUACGAUGUGGACAACGAGCUCUCUUCGGACAUUGAUCACAUUUUGAGUGUUGAACCUAGUCCUGAAGUCACUAAACUUCUGAAUACUGGAAGUUUACCCACAAUCCUAUGGAACUCGAAAGCAUUGCCUGAAGAACAGAGAGCUAUAAUGGAAGGACUUGGCCAUAUUCAUCGUCUUCAAUGUACCCACCUCAUUGAGAAUAGUACACUGAUUCCCAAACUGCAAGAAAUGAAAUUUGACUUUGCCAUCCACGAAGUCUUCGAUUCUUGCGGAAUCGGUAUUCUGGAGGUCAUUGGAAUUGAGAAGACAGUGAUUGUAUCAUCAACAGGACCAAUGGACGUUGUUCCAAUAACACUUGGAAUAUCAGACACCUUGAAUACUCCUUCUCUCUUAUCCGAUUACGGUAGCUUCCUCUCGUUCCCCGAAAAACGUCGGAAUCUGAAGUUUUUGUCUGGAAUGCUGAAUUUUCAUGAAAUGCAAGAAGCAGUGAUUGGUCCUCUAUUCAGAAAAUAUCAUGGAUUGAAAAAGUCAUUUGGAGAAAUAAUGAGACAAACUAAUCUCCUUUUUUACAAUAUUCAUGAAGGAUCGGAUGGAAUGAGAAUGAGAGGAAGAAGAAGUUUUGAUAUUGGUGGAAUUGCAUUCAAAGACCAGAAAAACUUGACAGCAGAGUAUCAAAGUCUUCUGUCCGAUCCUCGGCCAAAAGUACUCGUAUCAUUUGGAACGGCUGCUACGUCCUCUCACAUGCCUCAAAAUCUGAAAGUAUCUCUUCUAAAAGCAAUGAAACAAAUGAAAGAUGUCUUGUUUAUUUGGAAAUAUGAAAUGGAAGAUGAAUUCACGAAAUCAGAAGAGAUGACGUCGAAUGUGAUUUUCAAAAAGUUCAUGCCCCAGACUGAUUUAUUAGCAAGUAAGAAAAUUGAUCUUUUCAUAACUCAUUGUGGACAGAAUAGUUUACUUGAAGCUUUUCAUGCUGGGGUUCGAGUACUAGCAGUUCCGUUAUUCGGAGAUCAACAUCGAAAUGCACAACUUGCUAAAGAGAAUGGGUUGAUUGAAGUUCUACCAAAAGUAGAUAUCGAAACAUCCUCAAAAAUAGUGAAGGCUAAUCCAGAACAAUCUUAUCCACGUAUCAUCACUACUCCGAAAUUCAAAAAAGAACGCCGAAAACUUGCUUGUUUCGACAAUUGA